AUGCCAAGGGCCCCGGGCCCCAGCCCGUCCUCACCAUACUUCACCCGCAGCAAGGUAGUCAAUGACUACAAGGCUGCCGGGGUGCUUCCCAUCGCCCUUUAUGAAGAUCGGAUCCUGGUCCUGCUCGGUGCGGAGCUGGAGCGCACGGGCCCGAAGGGCAAGUACCUGAAGUACCUGUGGCGCGACUUCGGAGGCCAGCGUGAGGCCUGCGACGAGGACAGCGCCGCCACAGCCGCGCGCGAGUGCUCGGAGGAGACGCUGGGCCUGCUGGCCUCAUGCGGCGUGGACGCGGGGGCCGUGGCCGCCGCCGCCGCCGCGCGGGCGGCCACGCUGCGCGACGGGGCACGCAGCGUGCGUGUCGUGCAUGCGCUGCGCCGCGGCGCCUACCACAUGUUUGUCGUGCAGGUGCCCUACGUCACUGCCCUCAUGUUCCGACUCGCCUCCGACCAGAACGCAGCGACCGCGGCCGUGGCGGGCGCGGAGAAGACCGCCUUCGCCUGGGUCCCCCUGCACGACCUUCUGCGGGCCGUGGCGCGCGCCGCUCCGGCCUACCACCUGACCUGCCGCGGCGCGGUCUGCGGCGGCAGGGGAACGCCGCCCUGCGGCCCCGCCGGAGUGCGCGCCUUCCCCCUCCACCCCUGCUUUGCCAACAGCCUGAGACGGGCCUGGUGGGAGGGGGGCCUGCGCCGCCUGGCCCUGCGCUGGCCACUAUGCUGCGGCGGCGACGGCGAGCCGGCCUGUGGUGGAAGGAAUGGGAACGGUCCUGAGGACAAACACAAUGAAUCACUCACGCAGCCGGCCUUAGUCCCGACUCCAGUGCCAAAGGAUCAGAUGGCAAACCCCCCGGUUGCCGGCAGCCCAGCCCCGCCGGACACGCCCUGCUCCUCGGAAAGCACAAACAUGAGGGGCCGACUGAACAGCCUGGUGCACUGCCUGGCGCAGGCCGACGUCGCGGCGGCGCUGGAGCCGCUGCGGGAAGCGACCAGGCGACCACUGCCCGCCCGCUCCUCAGGCCAUGCAGCGAGGCACGGGCAGCGCCUGGGCUGGACGAUGGAGGCCUGGCCGUUGCUGACAGCGGCGCCGCCGGUCAGGAAAAAGCUGAGCCGGAGGCAGCGCCUCGUCAGGAAGAGGCGGCGGCGGGUGCGGGACGCUGGAGGUCAUUCCUGA